CAGCAGGAGCCCAGCUACUACUGUACCAGCUUUUUCUCUUUUCACCUUCCUGACCCGGUGGGAUUUGGAUGAACUAACUCGGAGAUUUCACCAACAGAUCAAGAAUUGAGCUAAAACUGAAGUGCUCACAGGCUGAACCACGUUGACCUGAGCUACAACAGAAGACAAAAGCCUGGCAAGUCCAUUGCGGUUCCUGUGGUAGUGAACAGGUAAUAUUACCUGUUACCUGUUAGGAAAAAUAAAUCCACCUACUGCAUUUUAGUGCACAUGGAGGAAGGCAGUAAAGAAGGCAACCCAAGAAGGAUAAUAAGACUGGGACUUUCCUAGCUGAUUAUCAGAAAACAGCACCAAGAGGAUUGUUUUACUGUUCUCCUUCAGGACUUUACUCUUGCUUGAGUGUUGGACGCUAAAGGAACCAUUUUUCUGCCUUUUCAGUUUUGCCACCUGCCUUUAUUACUUUCCACUCCCCAGCCCUCUGUAUUUUGUUUCUUUACUUCAGAGAUGGGCCUAAAGACUACAAAGUGGCCUAGCCACAGGGCUUUGCUUUUGAAAUCUUGGGUUAUCAUUUCCCUGGGGCUCUCCAUGCAGGUUUCUAAAAACAUGGCGUGUCCUAGUGUGUGCCGCUGUGAUCGGAACUUUGUCUACUGUAACGAGCGAAGCUUGACCUCAGUGCCUCUUGGGAUACCGGAGGGCGUAACCGUACUCUACCUCCACAAUAACCAAAUUAAUAAUGCUGGAUUUCCUGCAGAACUGCACAACGUACAGUCGGUGCACACAGUCUACCUGUAUGGCAACCAACUGGAUGAAUUCCCCAUGAACCUACCCAAGAAUGUGAGGGUUCUACAUCUGCAGGAAAAUAAUAUUCAGACCAUUUCUCGGGCAGCUCUUGCCCAACUUUUGAAGUUGGAAGAGCUACACUUGGAUGACAACUCCAUCUCUACAGUAGGUGUGGAAGAUGGGGCAUUCCGAGAAGCUGUAAGUCUCAAGCUGUUGUUUCUGUCUAAGAACCAUCUGAGCAGUGUGCCUGUGGGCCUCCCUGUGGAUUUACAAGAACUGAGGGUAGAUGAAAAUCGAAUUGCUGUUAUAUCAGACAUGGCCUUUCAGAAUCUCACAAGUUUGGAGCGUCUGAUUGUGGAUGGCAAUCUCCUUACCAAUAAAGGCAUUGCUGAGGGGACUUUCAGCCAUCUCUCAAAGCUCAAGGAAUUUUCUAUUGUGAGGAAUUCACUGUCCCACCCUCCACCUGAUCUCCCAGGUACGCAUCUGGUCAAGCUUUACUUACAGGAUAACCAGAUAAACCAUAUCCCUUUGACAGCAUUUUCCAAUCUCCACAAGUUAGAACGGCUGGAUAUUUCCAAUAAUCAGCUGCGGAUGCUGGCACAAGGGGUCUUUGAUAAUCUUUCCAACCUGAAGCAGCUCACUGCACGGAAUAAUCCUUGGUUUUGUGACUGCGGUAUCAAAUGGGUCACAGAGUGGCUCAAAUUCAUUCCUUCAUCUCUUAAUGUACGUGGUUUUAUGUGCCAGGGACCAGAACAGGUCAGGGGCAUGGCUGUCAGGGAGCUGAAUAUGAAUCUGUUGUCAUGCCCUACCACUACACCUGGAUUAUCUCUCAUUACCCCGCCUCCAAGUAUUGUUCCUCCAACCACACAGAUUCCCACUCAAUCUCCAGCCACCCCUAGCAGAAAUUAUACUCCUCUGACAUCCACUAUAUCUAAACUCCUCCCCACUGUGCCUGACUGGGAUGACAGAGAAAGAGCAACCCCUCCCAUUUCUGAACGGAUCCAACUCUCAGUCCAUGCUGUGAAUGACACUUCCAUUCAAGUCAGUUGGCUUUCUCUCUUUACUGUGAUGGCAUAUAAACUCACCUGGGUGAAAAUGGGUCACAGCCUUGUAGGGGGCAUCGUUCAAGAACGGAUAGUCAGUGGUGAGAAACAGCAUCUGAGUCUGAUCAAUUUAGAGCCCAAAUCUACCUAUCGGGUUUGCUUAGUGCCAUUGGAUGCUUUUAAUUACCGAGCUGGAGAAGAUACCAUUUGUUCUGAAGCUAGCACUCAUGCCUCCCAUUUAAACAAUGGCAGUAACACAGCUUCCAGCCACGAACAGACAACUUCUCACAACAUGGGUUCCCCCUUUCUUCUGGCAGGUUUGAUUGGGGGUGCAGUGAUAUUUGUGCUGGUGGUUUUGCUCAGCAUUUUUUGCUGGCACAUGCACAAAAAGGGGCGCUACACCUCUCAGAAAUGGAAAUAUAAUCGAGGCCGACGGAAAGAUGACUACUGUGAGGCGGGCACCAAGAAGGACAACUCCAUCCUGGAGAUGACAGAAACCAGCUUUCAGAUCGUCUCCUUAAAUAAUGAUCAGCUCCUUAAAGGAGAUUUCAGACUGCAGCCCAUUUACACCCCAAAUGGGGGCAUUAAUUAUACAGACUGCCACAUUCCCAACAACAUGAGAUACUGCAACAGCAGCGUUCCAGAUUUGGAGCACUGCCACACGUGAUAUUGAGGGUGGGGGGGCUGGGAGAUAACCAAGCGGACAGUGAAACUCUUGAGAACACAUACACACACACACAUGUGCGAGCAUAGAGAUACACACAAAUUACAUUUGAUAAAUGUUACACAGAUGCAUUUGUGCAUUUGAAUACUCUGUAAUUUAUACGGUGUACUAUAUAAUGGGAUUUAAAAAAAUGCUAUCUUUUCUAUUUCAAGUUAAUUGCAAACAGUUUUGUAACUCUUUGCUUUUUAAACCUUUAAAAAAAAGUUGCUGAAGUACUGUACAGGGUUGUACAAUGAGAACCCAAUGCCAUGGCAAAGGAAAGAGUAAUUCUUCCAUACAAUGUACAUUAACCAUUUUGCUGUCAAAGCUGUCGAAAGAGAUUUCCUUUUUCAGAGCCACUGGUCAAGGUCCAAGUAUAAAUUAGAGGGGAUUCAUUAGGACAGGAUAAUUUAAUUUUUAUUAAAAAAAAAUCUAACCAAGCAAUUCCAUGAUAGUUCUGCACUUCCCAAUGUUUUGUUUUUUUGUUUUUAUUUUUUGGAAAGGGGGGAGGUAUGAGGGUAGAAAUUACAAAAUAGGAAAUGGGCAAACUGUACCAAAAUUUUGGUUUGACCUAGUGCAAGAAAUAACUGCUGAAUCACAAGGAAAGAACGUUCUUGUGAGAUAAUUUAGCCCACUUGGCAAAGCCCAAGAGGAUUAAUUAAAAUUUCAAAAAGCCUGAAAACUUUGGAGGUGGCUGGGCAAUUUUUUUUUAAUCAUCAUAGUGUCCCAAACCUAUAUAAUUUGACAAAGUUGGAGACCAGAGUUAUAUUUAAUUCAAACAUGUUGAGGAGCUGAUGAUUCAGAAAGAAAAUCAACUCCUUUUAAAAGUGUUUAUGUUCAAAUUAAGUAUAAGGCUAAACCAAAUUCAACUGAAAAGUUUUCAAUACGUUGUUUUAAGAGACUAACAAAAUAGGGUAAAAAGAAAUACUGAAUUAAAUUAUUUUUGAUAAAGAAAAUUAUUUUGGGAAAUUCAAUAAGGUUGUGUCUACAUGACUGACAAACCAACUGAGUGGAGGAAAAAUAAUCAUUCAAACUAGAUUUUUAUUGUUGUCAUGUAGUUUAAAAUAGAUAUAGUUAUUUUACUUAAUCUUUUAUUUUUAAGCUGGUUGUGUUGGUCUUAUGUACACAAAGCCCAAACUCAUGCCUUUCCUUCUCUCAAUUUCUUGUCUUCCAUUCAGAUACUUUUUGGGAGGAAACGACAAAAUUCUAUUGAUUAUAUUCCAUUUGGUUCUUAUCUUUCUUCAGUUGUUCAGGAAAUGUUAUUUAUGACACUCUGGGAUGCACAAAGACACCCAAGUGCACCUAUGGCAUAUGAAACUCGUGUCCAUUAUCACAGCUAACAGUAGAUCAUAGAUCCUAGAGUUAGAAUUAGGAGGGACCUUAGAGGUCACUAUUAAGGCCUACCAGUGCAGGCCCCAAACAUUAUAUAUAUUUAUAUAUUCUCCACCCACAUCCUCCUCAAACAAUUCCCAGGUUCAACAGAUACAUCAAAUUUCUUUCCAUUUUGCGGUUUACAUUUAAUUGAUGAAAAAAAUGAGCAAAUUGGGUGUUUUGUAAAUUUUUCUGCCUAAUCCUUUCUGAUCCUGGGAGAUGGCAAAAAGGGCAGUAGAAAAGGAGUUGUCUAAGUUUUUGAAACCAAGUUUUUGCUAUGUUUUUGAAACUUUGACCCUUCCAUGGGAUCCUUGGGAAGCCUAAAUCCUUUUCUUCCUCAAGAUAUAGAAGGGCUGUGAAUGGAGAUGGUAGGCAUUAUCUCAAAGUUUGUCUUCUUUUGAAUUUCUAGUUAAAAAAUCAAAUUUAUAAAUCUCAUACUAUAUGUUUUCUAUUUCUCUCGCUAUAACAGGUAUUUUAGGGAUCCAUGUGGCAAGUGUCACAGAGUUGUCUUUGUUUCUAUUUUGUUUUGUUUUGUUUUUAAAGGAAAAAUAAGCUGUGAUGUGUCUUCUUUGUAUAACCUUAGAUAUAAAAUGCUAUGCAAGUUUUUUCUUUAUAGUAAAAGCCUUAUUUCCUCAAUACUUUCUCUCUCCCCAGUAUGUUAACUACUCUGGCCCUUUGGGAUAAAGAAAAAGAAAUGCAACUAGCUAUAUAUUGUUAUAGACACCAAUGUUCCAUUGUGCAUUUAGCCAAGGUGAAAUUGCCUUUGUAUAAAUUCUAGAGUGGCUGAGACUUCCAGUUAAGUCUAGCAGUUCAAAUCUUGGAUUGCUUACUUAACACUAUCUCUACAAUUAAGGGUGAAAGGGAUUAGGUUGAACAAUAAAAACCCAGUCUAGAAAUUUAGCUAAAUACCCAAGGGGAUCUCACUUAAUUACCUAAUCACUUCAAGUCUCCAACAUACUUAGACUUGAUAGACAACAAGAUAUGUUCAGAAAGAAUGCUUUGGCUUCUUAUUAAAUACAGAUUCACAAUAUUCAUUUGUACUUAUGUGAUUUCACUCCCAAAGGGCCUCCAGCCAUCAAGACUCAAAAACUCAAGAUGGAUGGGUUUCCCAUUUUCUUAAAUUUUCCUGUGGCCUAUACAUUAUGUGGAAUUAUUUGACAUUAACAGGUGCAACAGAGUUCUUAGCCUGAAGAAUGAGUUACAGUUGCCUGAAUGGUUACCAAGCCUGCAAUGCUAGAUGAAUUGUAAAAGUUUCAUUUGCCAUUAACCUUGCUCAUUUUGAUUUUCUGUGUGACAUAGCAAUUGUUCUGUGAAAAACAAAAUCCUUUUCAAAUAUGGUAUAUGGGAAUCUCAUCUCAUUCUAAAAACAUACAGGCUUUCAUGUAAUAGUGUUCUGCUCUAUAACGCUGCCUCACCACAGAACUUGUGUUUGAAAUGUUUCAGGUGGUGGUUGCUUGUGCAAACCUGUGUGCAUUCUAGCUUGGUCUCUCCUCUGGUUGAAAUACACAAGAAGAAAGGUGGCCAGGAUUAAAUGUAAAGCCAAAUCCAUAAAGCAGAACGUUCACUUGUUCAUACAUAAAGCAAGACCUGUGGUCUUGACUUUCAUAGCACAAUAUUUUAGCCAACUGAGUUAAUUUGCUUCAUAAUUUAUACAUUCAGAAUUAUGUGAUUCUUUCCUGACAGAGAGAAAAUACUAAAAGAACAAGAAUAAAUCAAUAUUUCAUGAUAGUCAUUACCCAUCCUUAUGUUGCCAUUUAAUAAUAAUGUUUGGAAAGAGAUUUGAUGAUGGAGAUGCUGCAUCCUUCUCUUCCUGCAUCAACAACACUUGUCUAUUAAAUUUGCAACUUUGUUGCAUGUGUUAGCAAGAAGACAUACCUGGUGUUUCCCUGCCUUUAUUUUCCCAGGGUUUCUGAACGAGAAUACUGAAAGUGAAAUUCAUUCUCCCAUGUGAGCACUAUUAUAUUUUCUAAUUAUCUGAAUGUUUGUGGAAGAUAAAUUAGGAGUUUCCCCCAAGGUGAAAAAAUAUAAUAUGACUGGUUUGAGGGGAAAAAACCCAAUGAAGGAGCUAAUGUUACAGCUCCAUUUUCUACUAGAGCAGAUCAUAAUCUUUUUAGUCAUUUCAUGGGUGUUAGAAAAUACCUCCCCACUGGGAGAAAACUUCUACAUGUUGUGAGCAAAGCAGCCAUACAAAUCACAAGGCAAUUUUGUUGUAACCCAUGGGGAGAGCAAAUAAUGUAUUUUAUCUACCAAUCUCUGCCACGGGUUCAGCCACAGCUAUUGACAGCGAAGUGGUUAAUUUCCAUUUAAUCUUAUGUUCAUAGCAUUUCUUUAUUCUAAUUUAUAACAAGGAGACAUUAAAGUUUUACUUUAGAACAUGAAAUUAAUGGUUUACUCAUUCCAGCCACACAAAAAGCAAAACAGACAUGAGUGCCCCAAAGAGAAAACAAAAAUAACUUAAGUGCUAAGCCUCUUGUAGCCUUUUCUGAUGCUUUUCACACAAGGAAGCCAGAAUUUUCAUCUUUCUCCAGUGGUACAAAAGAGUUCACUUUGGUCUCCAUAGUUGCAAGGGGAAAUAGAUUGAAUAAAGUUUGGCAAAACAGUGAUGCUGUAUAUAUAAUGGAAUCAAAAGGCUUGUUAUUAUUUUCCUAGUAGCACAUCCACCAGACUAGCACAAAGUAGGGUUAUAGCAGUCAUAGAUUUUCCAGGUAUUUAAAAAUACCCCUGGGGCACUGGAAAGGUAUUCCCUAUGACGUAAAAUGUGUAUCAGUCUAGAGGCAAAUUAGGCCAAUGUGUGUCCCUGAUAUAAGCAAAGUGGCAUCAAGUAUAUUCAUUAAAAGUUUAUCAUGAUUUUGUUGUUACUGAUUGAGCCAUAUGUUGAUUUGAUUCUUGUUGCCUUGACAUGGGACUUCAAGGGGCUGGAAAAUCUGCAUUAUACAUCUUCUGAGACAUGUUGCACAUGUUAACUUCAAGACUUCACUCUACACUAUACAGUACCUUGUUGAUAUAUUAAGUAAAGACUUAUUUUAAAAAAAAAA